CGCCCGCGAGGCGGAGAAACUGGGGCAGAAGUGAAGAUGGCGGCGGCGGUCUCUCGCCCGUGACGCGCGGCCCGCGCCCGCUCCGCCUGCCGCCCGCCGCCCUCCGUCUGGACCCGCGCCGGCGCCCGCUCGCCCCCGCGGCCCGGCGCCAUGACGUCCAUCCACUUCGUGGUGCACCCGCUGCCGGGCACCGAGGACCAGCUCAAUGACAGGUUACGAGAAGUUUCAGAGAAACUGAACAAAUAUAAUUUAAAUAGUCACCCCCCUUUGAAUGUACUGGAGCAGGCUACUAUUAAACAGUGUGUGGUGGGACCAAAUCACGCCGCCUUUCUUCUCGAGGACGGAAGAGUUUGCAGGAUUGGUUUUUCAGUACAGCCAGACAGAUUGGAAUUGGGUAAACCUGAUAAUAAUGAUGGAUCAAAGUUGAACAGCAACUCUGGAGCGGGGAGGACCUCGAGGCCAGGCAGGACGAGUGACUCCCCGUGGUUUCUCUCAGGCUCUGAGACUUUGGGCCGGCUGGCAGGCAACACCCUGGGAAGCCGAUGGAGCUCCGGAGUGGGUGGAAGUGGAGGAGGGUCCUCUGGCCGGUCAUCAGCAGGCACCCGGGACUCCAGGAGACAGACCCGCGUCAUCCGGACAGGCCGUGACCGAGGCUCAGGACUCCUGGGCAGCCAGCCGCAGCCGGUCAUCCCAGCGUCUGUCAUUCCGGAGGAGCUCAUAUCUCAGGCCCAGGUUGUUUUACAAGGCAAAUCUAGAAGUGUCAUUAUUCGAGAGCUUCAGCGAACAAAUCUUGAUGUAAACCUUGCUGUAAAUAACUUACUUAGCCGGGAUGAUGAAGAUGGAGACGACGGAGAUGACACGGCCAGCGAGUCGUAUUUGCCUGGAGAGGAUCUCAUGUCCCUUCUUGAUGCCGACAUUCAUUCUGCCCACCCCAGUGUCAUUAUUGACGCGGACGCCAUGUUUUCAGAGGACAUUAGCUAUUUCGGUUAUCCUUCUUUUCGCCGCUCGUCACUUUCCAGGCUAGGCUCUUCUCGAGUUCUCCUUCUUCCCUUAGAGAGAGACUCUGAGCUGUUGCGUGAACGUGAAUCCGUUUUACGUUUACGUGAGAGAAGGUGGCUUGAUGGAGCCUCAUUUGAUAAUGAAAGGGGCUCUACCAGCAAAGAAGGAGAGCCCAGCUUGGACAAGAAGAACACCCCCGUGCAGAGCCCAGUGUCACUAGGUGAAGAUCUUCAGUGGUGGCCUGACAAGGACGGAACAAAAUUCGUUUGCAUUGGGGCCCUGUAUUCCGAGCUGCUGGCUGUGAGCAGCAAAGGGGAGCUUUACCAGUGGAAGUGGAGCGAGCUGGAGCCCUACAGGAAUGCCCAGAACCCUUCAUUACAUCAUCCAAGAGCAACAUUUUUGGGGUUAACCAAUGAAAAGAUAGUCCUCCUGUCUGCAAAUAGCAUAAGAGCAACUGUAGCUACAGAAAAUAACAAGGUUGCUACAUGGGUGGAUGAAACUUUAAGUUCUGUGGCUUCUAAACUAGAGCAUACUGCACAGACUUACUCUGAACUCCAAGGAGAGCGGAUAGUUUCUUUGCAUUGCUGUGCCCUUUACACUUGCGCCCAGCUGGAGAACAGUUUAUACUGGUGGGGUGUAGUCCCUUUUAGUCAAAGGAAAAAAAUGUUAGAGAAAGCGAGAGCUAAAAAUAAAAAGCCCAAGUCCAGUGCUGGUAUUUCCUCCAUGCCAAACAUCACGGUUGGUACCCAGGUGUGCUUAAGAAAUAACCCGCUUUACCAUGCGGGCGCAGUGGCGUUUUCGGUCAAUGCUGGCAUCCCAAAAGUGGGCGUCCUGAUGGAGUCCGUGUGGAAUAUGAAUGACAGCUGCAGGUUCCAGCUCAGAUCUCCUGAGAGCCUGAAGAGCAUGGAGAAAGCUGGCAAGACGGCCGAAGCCAAGCCUGAGAGCAAGCAGGAGCCUGUGAAGACGGAGAUGGGCCCCCCUCCGUCCCCGGCAUCUACCUGCAGCGACGCGUCGUCGAUUGCCAGCAGCGCAUCCGUGCCCUACAAACGCCGUCGGUCCACCCCUGCCCCCAAGGAAGAGGAGAAGGUGAAUGAGGAGCAGUGGUCCCUCCGCGAAGUGGUGUUCGUGGAAGAUGUUAAGAACGUGCCUGUGGGCAAGGUGCUCAAAGUGGACGGGGCCUAUGUCGCGGUCAAGUUCCCAGGGACAUCCAGCAACAGCAGCUGUCAGAGCAGCUCCGGCCCUGACGCAGACCCGUCCUCCCUGCUGCAGGACUGCAGGCUGCUGAGGAUCGAUGAGCUACAGGUUGUCAAAACUGGUGGAACUCCGAAAGUUCCAGACUGUUUUCAGAGGACACCUAAAAAGCUUUGUAUCCCUGAGAAAACAGAAAUAUUAGCAGUGAACGUAGAUUCUAAAGGUGUGCACGCUGUCUUGAAGACCGGAAAUUGGGUGCGCUACUGUAUUUUUGAUCUUGCGACAGGGAAAGCUGAACAGGAAAACAAUUUUCCCACCAGCAGCAUUGCUUUCCUUGGUCAGGAUGAAAGGAACGUGGCCAUUUUCACUGCUGGGCAGGAAUCUCCCAUCAUUCUCCGAGAUGGAAAUGGUACCAUCUAUCCCAUGGCCAAGGACUGCAUGGGAGGAAUAAGGGAUCCUGACUGGCUGGAUCUCCCACCGAUCAGUAGUCUUGGGAUGGGUGUGCAUUCUUUAGUGAAUCUUCCUGCUAACUCAACAAUCAAAAAGAAAGCUGCUAUUAUCAUCAUGGCGGUGGAGAAGCAGACGCUGAUGCAGCACAUCCUGCGCUGCGACUACGAGGCCUGCCGCCAGUACCUCGUGAACCUCGAGCAGGCGGUGGUGCUGGAGCAGAACCUGCAGGUGCUGCAGACGUUCCUCAGCCACCGCUGCGACGGGAACCGGAACAUCCUGCACGCCUGCGUGUCUGUCUGCUUCCCCACCAGCAACAAGGAGACCAAAGAGGAGGAGGAAGCAGAGCGCUCUGAAAGAAAUACAUUUGCAGAAAGGCUUUCUGCUGUUGAGGCCAUUGCAAAUGCAAUAUCAGUUGUCUCAAGCAACGGCCCGGGUAAUCGGGCUGGAUCGUCAAGUAGUCGAAGCUUGCGGUUGCGGGAGAUGAUGAGGCGUUCGUUGAGAGCGGCUGGCUUGGGAAGACACGAGGCUGGUGCUUCAUCCAGUGACCACCAGGACCCGGUCUCACCCCCCAUCGCGCCCCCUAGCUGGGUUCCCGACCCUCCUGCAAUGGACCCUGAUGGUGACAUUGAUUUUAUCCUGGCCCCUGCUGUGGGAUCUCUCACCACAGCAGCAACUGGCAGCGGCCAAGGCCCGAGCACCUCCACGGUUCCAGGUCCUUCCACAGAGCCUUCGGUAGUAGAGUCCAAGGAUCGGAAGGCGAAUGCCCAUUUUAUAUUAAAAUUGCUAUGCGAUAGUGUGGUUCUGCAGCCCUAUCUACGAGAACUGCUGUCCGCAAAGGAUGCUAGAGGGAUGACCCCAUUCAUGUCAGCUGUGAGUGGCCGAGCUUAUCCUGCUGCAAUCACCAUCUUAGAAACAGCCCAGAAAAUUGCAAAAGUUGUUGCCUAUACUUUCGAACGUGGUACUAUCAAGCAAAACAGAAUAGAGGAAAAUCAGUCAAAACAAGACGCUGAAGUGUCUUCGAGUGAAAAAGAGGAGGAUGUGUUCAUGGGAAUGGUUUGCCCAUCGGGUACCAACCCCGAUGACUCGCCUUUGUACGUCUUGUGCUGUAAUGACACCUGCAGCUUUACCUGGACUGGGGCAGAGCACAUUAACCAGGACAUUUUUGAGUGUCGGACUUGUGGUUUGCUGGAGUCACUGUGUUGCUGUACAGAAUGUGCAAGGGUUUGCCAUAAAGGUCAUGACUGCAAACUCAAACGGACAUCACCAACAGCUUAUUGUGAUUGUUGGGAGAAAUGCAAAUGUAAAACUCUGAUUGCGGGACAGAAGUCUGCUCGUCUUGACUUACUUUAUCGCCUGCUCACUGCUACAAAUCUGGUCACUCUGCCAAACAGCAGGGGCGAGCAUCUGCUGCUGUUCCUGGUGCAGACCGUGGCUCGGCAGACAGUGGAGCACUGCCAGUACCGCCCGCCGCGCAUCCGUGAGGACCGCAACCGAAAGACGGCUGGCCCUGAGGACUCGGACAUGCCUGACCAUGACUUAGAGCCUCCCAGGUUUGCCCAGCUUGCCCUGGAGCGUGUGCUGCAGGACUGGAACGCCCUGAAGUCCAUGAUCAUGUUCGGCUCCCAGGAGAACAAGGAUCCGCUGAGCGCCAGCAGCAGGAUAGGCCAUCUCUUGCCGGAAGAGCAAGUGUACCUCAACCAGCAGAGUGGCACCAUCCGGCUGGACUGCUUCACCCACUGCCUUAUCGUCAAGUGCACGGCGGAUAUUUUGCUUUUAGAUACUCUGCUGGGUACCUUAGUGAAAGAACUCCAAAACAAGUACACACCUGGACGUCGAGAGGAAGCUAUCGCUGUGACCAUGAGGUUUCUACGCUCAGUGGCAAGAGUCUUUGUCAUUCUUAGUGUGGAAAUGGCCUCAUCCAAAAAGAAGAACAACUUCAUCCCACAGCCCAUCGGCAAGUGUAAGCGUGUGUUCCAGGCGCUGCUGCCCUAUGCCGUGGAAGAGCUGUGCAACGUAGCCGAGUCGCUCAUUGUCCCUGUCAGGAUGGGAAUUGCGCGGCCCACGGCGCCCUUCACCCUGGCCAGCACUAGCAUCGACGCCAUGCAGGGCAGCGAGGAGCUGUUCUCGGUGGAGCCGCUGCCACCACGCCCAUCCCCUGACCAGUCCAGCAGCUCCAGCCAGUCCCAGUCAUCCUACAUCAUCCGGAACCCACAGCAGCGGCGCAUCAGCCAGUCGCAGCCGGUCCGGGGCAGGGACGAGGAGCAGGAUGACAUUGUCUCAGCAGACGUGGAAGAGGUGGAGGUGGUGGAGGGCGUGGCCGGAGAGGAGGAUCACCACGAGGAGCAGGAGGAGCACGGGGAGGAGAACGCCGAGGCGGAGGGCCAGCACGACGAGCACGACGAGGACGGGAGUGACAUGGAGCUCGAUCUUCUAGCAGCUGCAGAAACGGAGAGCGACAGCGAGAGCAACCAUAGCAACCAGGACAACGCGAGUGGGCGCAGGAGUGUGGUCACAGCGGCCACCGCGGGCUCCGAGGCAGGAGCCAGCAGUGUUCCUGCGUUCUUUUCGGAAGAUGACUCACAGUCCAAUGAUUCAAGCGAUUCGGACAGCAGCAGCAGCCAGAGUGACGACAUGGAGCAGGAGACCUUCAUGCUGGACGAGCCACUGGAGCGCACCACCAGCAGCUCCCACGCCAGCGGGGCUGCGCAGGCACCGCGCUCCAUGCAGUGGGCUGUGCGCCACACACAGCACCAACGGGCAGCCAGCACGGCGCCAGCCAGCACCUCCACGCCCGCAGCGAGUUCAGCAGGGCUAAUCUAUAUUGACCCUUCCAACUUGCGCCGCAGUGGGACCAUCAGUACGAGUGCUGCCGCAGCGGCAGCUGCUUUGGAAGCCAGCAAUGCCAGCAGCUACCUGACAUCUGCGAGCAGCUUGGCCAGAGCCUACAGCAUUGUCAUCCGACAGAUCUCGGACCUCAUGGGCCUUAUCCCCAAGUACAAUCACCUUGUGUACUCCCAGAUUCCAGCCGCCGUAAAGCUGACCUACCAGGAUGCAGUCAACCUGCAGAACUAUGUAGAAGAAAAGCUUAUUCCCACUUGGAACUGGAUGGUCAGUAUUAUGGAUUCUACUGAAGCUCAAUUACGUUAUGGUUCUGCAUUAGCAUCUGCUGGUGAUCCGGGACACCCAAAUCACCCUCUUCACGCUUCUCAGAACUCAGCGCGAAGAGAGAGGAUGACCGCACGGGAGGAGGCUAGUUUGCGAACCCUUGAAGGCAGACGACGUGCCACAUUGCUAAGUGCCCGUCAGGGAAUGAUGUCUGCUCGGGGUGAUUUCCUAAAUUAUGCUCUUUCUUUAAUGCGGUCUCAUAAUGAUGAGCAUUCGGACGUCCUCCCGGUUCUGGAUGUCUGCUCACUGAAGCACGUAGCCUAUGUUUUCCAAGCCCUUAUAUACUGGAUUAAAGCAAUGAACCAGCAGACGACCCUGGACACUCCUCAGCUGGAGCGCAAGAGGACUCGAGAACUUUUGGAACUGGGUAUUGAUAAUGAAGAUUCAGAACACGAAAAUGAUGACGACACCAAUCAAAGUGCUGCUUUGAAUGAUAAGGAUGAUGACUCUCUUCCUGCAGAAACUGGACAAAACCACCCAUUUUUCCGGCGUUCAGACUCCAUGACAUUCCUGGGAUGCAUCCCCCCAAACCCCUUUGAAGUGCCUCUGGCUGAAGCCAUCCCCUUGGCCGAUCAGCCCCACCUCCUGCAGCCAAACGCCAGAAAGGAGGAUCUCUUCGGCCGCCCAAGUCAGGGUCUUUACUCUUCAUCCAGCAGUAGUGGGAAGUGCUUACUGGAUGUAACAAUGGACAGAAACUGCCUCGAGGUUCUUCCAACUAAAAUGUCGUAUGCUGCCAACCUGAAAAACGUGAUGAACAUGCAAAAUUGGCAGAAAAAAGAAGGGGAAGGAGAACACGUGCUGGCUGAGGAGGUCGAGAGCUCGAAACCUGGGCCAUCGGCCCAUGACCUGGCCGCGCAGCUGAAGAGCAGCCUCCUGGCGGAGAUUGGGCUCACAGAGAGUGAGGGGCCCCCGCUCACGGCCUUCAGGCCACAGUGCAGCUUCAUGGGCAUGGUGAUCUCCCAUGACAUGCUGCUGGGACGCUGGCGCCUCUCGCUGGAACUCUUUGGCAGAGUGUUCAUGGAAGACGUCGGGGCAGAGCCUGGAUCAAUCCUAACCGAAUUGGGUGGUUUUGAGGUAAAAGAAUCAAAAUUCCGUAGAGAAAUGGAAAAACUGAGAAACCAGCAGUCAAGAGAUUUAUCACUAGAGGUAAAGGUGGACCGGGACCGGGACCUACUCAUUCAGCAGACCAUGAGGCAGCUGAACAACCACUUUGGCCGGCGGUGUGCCACCACGCCAAUGGCUGUCCAUAGAGUGAAGGUCACGUUUAAGGAUGAGCCGGGCGAGGGCAGCGGCGUCGCACGCAGUUUCUAUACUGCCAUUGCGCAAGCAUUUCUGUCAAAUGAGAAAUUGCCAAAUCUGGAUUGUAUCCAGAACGCCAACAAAGGCACCCACACCAGUUUGAUGCAGAGAUUAAGGAACAGAGGAGAGAGAGAUCGGGAAAGGGAGAGAGAAAGGGAGAUGAGAAGGAGCAGUGGCUUGCGAGCAGGUUCUCGGAGAGACCGCGAUAGAGACUUCCGAAGACAACUUUCCAUUGACACUAGGCCCUUCAGACCCGCCUCCGAGGGGAACCCCAGCGACGACCCCGACCCGCUCCCGGCGCAUCGGCAGGCGCUUGGAGAGAGGCUGUACCCGCGCGUGCAAGCUAUGCAGCCCGCAUUUGCAAGUAAAAUCACGGGCAUGCUGUUGGAAUUGUCCCCUGCCCAGCUGCUGCUCCUGCUUGCCAGUGAAGAUUCUCUGAGAGCAAGAGUGGACGAGGCGAUGGAGCUCAUCAUUGCACAUGGACGGGAAAAUGGAGCAGAUAGUAUCCUGGAUCUUGGAUUAUUAGACUCUUCAGAAAAGGUGCAGGAGAACCGAAAGCGGCACGGCUCCAGUCGGAGUGUAGUGGAUAUGGACUUAGAUGACACAGAUGACGGUGAUGACAAUGCACCCUUGUUUUACCAACCUGGAAAAAGGGGAUUUUAUACUCCAAGGCCUGGCAAAAACACAGAAGCGAGGCUGAACUGUUUCAGGAAUAUCGGCAGGAUUCUGGGACUGUGUCUGUUGCAGAAUGAACUUUGUCCUAUCACACUGAAUAGACAUGUCAUUAAAGUGUUGCUUGGUAGAAAAGUCAACUGGCACGAUUUUGCUUUUUUCGACCCUGUAAUGUAUGAGAGCUUGAGACAGCUAAUCCUUGCUUCCCAGAGUUCAGAUGCAGAGGCUGUGUUUUCAGCGAUGGAUUUAGCGUUUGCAAUUGACCUGUGUAAAGAAGAAGGUGGAGGACAGGUGGAGCUCAUUCCUAAUGGCGUCAACAUCCCCGUCACACCCCAGAACGUGUAUGAGUACGUGCGAAAGUACGCGGAGCAUCGGAUGCUGGUGGUCGCAGAGCAACCGUUGCACGCAAUGAGGAAAGGUCUGCUAGAUGUGCUUCCAAAAAAUUCGUUGGAAGAUUUAACAGCGGAAGAUUUUAGGCUUUUGGUUAAUGGCUGUGGUGAGGUUAAUGUGCAAAUGCUGAUUAGCUUCACGUCCUUCAAUGAUGAGUCAGGAGAGAACGCGGAGAAGCUCUUGCAGUUCAAGCGCUGGUUCUGGUCCAUUGUAGAGAAGAUGAGCAUGACGGAGCGGCAGGACCUGGUUUACUUCUGGACCUCGAGCCCCUCGUUGCCGGCGAGUGAAGAAGGAUUCCAGCCCAUGCCCUCAAUCACCAUCAGGCCCCCGGACGACCAGCACCUGCCCACCGCCAACACCUGCAUCUCCAGGCUCUAUGUUCCACUCUAUUCCUCUAAACAGAUUCUCAAGCAGAAGUUGCUACUUGCCAUUAAGACCAAGAAUUUUGGUUUUGUGUAGAGUAUAAAGUGUGUAAUGCUGUGUAAUAUUACUAGCUAAUUUUGUAGAUUUUUUUCCAUUUGUCUAUAAAACUUUACAGAAGUUAAUGCUGUCACCCCGGUGAUACCUUACAGAGAUGAGAUGCGAACAUUCCUUGCCAAGUUUGUAGUGCACAGGCCUGAGGAGCACUGGCGACAUUUGUUACACAGUUUGCUAGCCACCAACUUCUGGGUCCAGCCCCAGCCAAAGAGGACAGCAGAGCGACAUGAUUUACACUGUGAUUUAUCUUUAUGCUGAGGGGAAAAUGUAAAGUGUUCUGAAAUUCACUGCUGCCUUUGCAGAAAGCGUUUCAGCAGAGGCUCUUGUAUAGAGGGUUAGGGGAUUUCCAAAUAAAAGAUGACGUAUGUUCUGUGUUUUCAUUUUAA